GGAGAUGUGUCCAAAGACAUGGAUACGGCGUCGCUUGGUCGAGGCGAUGGACCUGUUGUUCGUCACAAUCAUGCGCUUGUCUUUGUAGCCGCUGGUCAUGACGUGCCGGGCGUCGACAAUGGUGACAUUCUCCUUGUCAUCGGAGGCUCGACGCAUUGGGCAUACUUGGGCGAUGUCUGGGUCUUUGACUUGAAGACGGGAUCGUGGACGCAGAUGAUUCCAGGCGGUCCAGGCCCUGUAGCCCGGCACGGCCACGUCGCUGCGCUCGUCGGCUCGACGGUGGUGGUGUUUGGUGGCCACUCAGGCAUGCAGUCACGCCCAUCCACCCUCACUUACUACAACGAUGUCUUUUCCUUGGAUCUGACGUCCUGGAACUGGACGCGCUGUGCGACCACGCUCAGCACGCCGCGCUCCUGGAUGGGCGUCGCGGUCGUCGGCGCGCUUGUUGUCGUCGCGGGCGGGUACACCUUUGACGUCACUGCGCGUGACGAAGUCUACUUUGACGUCAUCGAAGCCUAUGAUGUGGCCAACGAUGUCUUUCUCUCCCUUCCUCCCGAUGUUACACUUGCCUCUCCCCGCAAUCGCGUGUGCAUGGCAUCGUGCGCCUCGACGAUCGUCAUCUUUGGCGGCAACGCGCUUCUUGCCGACCGCGGCGAUGUUUUCUUCUCGGACAUCGCUGUUCUCGACGCUUCGUCAACAUGCGUGUCGAACUGGACGCUCUCUGUUGCCAAGCUCACGCUCUCGGGCUGGACCUCCGACUUUAUGCUCUUGCCCUUUCUGAUCAUGAUUCGGAACGUGCUGCUGGAAGGCGGAGCGCUCAUUGACAUGGAUCGCGCCGGCGACGACUACACGCAGGCCGAGGCCGAGGAGGCCUUUAUCCGGGUUGCCAAGGCACACGGGUGGAUCACAUGA